AAAGCUGUUGCUCUGCGGACACCUAGAUCCCAUACUUUUCACUACUUUAAAUCAUAAAAUCAUUAAAUGAUAGAUCUACCAUAGAGACCAAGUUGGAGUCUAUCUCUAUAUUUGAUUAGUGUGGCUGUGUUACACAACUCAAACUAUGCGGUGUUUCCCUAUAUCUUGUCUUGUUUUUCUUGACUUGGUCAGUGGAAAAAUAACAAGUCAAUCUGCAGUUAUCCGACCAGAAAACGCGUUGGUCUUUGUGGGCGAGCGAUUGGAAGUCAGGUGCAAGUUGUUGUAUGACGUCGUCAGGACACGUGACCUCCAGUUUAAUCUGACCUGUCAGGGCAAUGACCUCACCCACCUCAUCAGCAAGCCGAUGGUUUUAGACAACAUGACGGCAGCUGCAUCCGUCAACAUUUCUGAUGAGCUGGGUACUGUCAAUCAGCUGGUUUGUCACUCAGGCUCAUCGAGACUGGCAUCUACGUUUCUUUAUGUUGAACGACCGCUGCACAACGUCACCAUCACAGAGGCCGUGUACAACUACAUGGACUGUGUUGUUCUCAGGUGGACCCUGGGUAGCAGCUACAAGGACGAGAGGGCGGUCAGUGUGGAGGUGGAAUGGCUACCCCAUGACGUCAUCACUGACCGGUAG